AUGAAGCCCGUUCUGGUGUUUGUGCUCUUCCUCGCGGCCGCUGCGGCCAUCACGCUGCCCAAGAAAGAUAAUGACUUCUCCAGUCGCGUCACGGGCGGCCAGAGCGCCAUUCCCUACGCCCAUCCUUUCGUCAUUGCCGUGGAAUUGGCCCUCACGGAGGUGCACAAGCAGCAAUUCUGCGCCGGCACGCUCAUCCACACCAACUGGGUGCUCUCCGCCGCCUCCUGCUUCGACGAUCUGCCCAUCAUCGGCAGGCUCGAGGUGUGCUCCGGCCUGUAUGAGCUCACCAAUCGCACCUUCUCGCAGCACCGCGAAGUGGCCUCCAUCUCGAUGCAUCCCGACUACCGCGGCGGCGUGAGCCCCAACGACAUCGCCAUGCUGAACGUGGAAGAGCCCUUCGAGAUCGACCUGUACACGCAGCCCAUCCGCCUGCCGCAGCCCAACACCAUCCACUACGGCUACGUGACACUGUUCGGCUGGGGCGACACCUCCACCACCGACACGCCCAACUUCCCCGAGAACCUGCAGGCCGUCGUGAUGCCCAUCCUCAGCUACGUGGAGUGCUACCAGCACCUGCGCGGCAGGACGCCCCUCGAGGUCACCAACAUGUGCACCGGCCCACUCCUGGGCGGCAUCUCGCACUGCACCGGCGACGCCGGCGGCCCGCUCACGCAGCAGAACGAGGUCGGCGAGUACGAGAUCGUGGGCAUCAGCAGCUGGGGCUUCACGCCCUGCGGCGCCUUCGGCGCUCCCUCCAUCUACACCCGCGUCUCCGCCUUCAACGCCUGGAUCCUCAACCAGAUGACGUAAGAAGCGCAGGACAUCGAGUGACUUGAGAGAAAUUAUGGAAUAAUGUGAGAGAAAUAAAAUAAAACCACAAUUUAUAUGUUUUGU